AUGGACAACAAGCCCUGGCAACUCUUUUCUGACGACUGCCCGACGGAGAUCCUCCUCCAAAUUUUCCUAAACUGCCACUCUCUGAGAGAUGUGGCCGCUUUGAUUUUCACUAGCCGGCGACUGGCCUCUGUCUGGGAGGAGCACCAUUCCGUGAUCAUCUGGCAUGUCGGGUCUAGAGAGAUCCCAGCAUUUGACCGUGCCUUGAUGGCGGCCCGGGCGAUUGACGACGUGUGGAUAGCCUGGCAUCAGCCUUUCGAGCCGCCGCCUAAGAUCAAUCUCGAGAAGCUCACUUGGAAGUACCGAAUGCCGGAUUGCGAUGACCUGGGAAUGGUUUUUAGCCUACAACACCUCGCACGAUGUUUGGAACGCCGGUUGCAGAAUUGUGCCAUAGUGAAGCAGCACUAUCAGGGCGAGAAAUUUUCCUUAUGGCAAGAACGAGUCGAACGAGCGUUUUAUACGGUUUUGCUGCUCCUCGCCGUCGUGAGCCGGACGUACAAUGAGCCUCUGGAGCGGGACAGUGGAAGGAGCAUCAUGCCCGACUAUGGUUUUAAUCCAGAGAAGGAAUUCCCAGACUGGAACUAUGACGAAGCGCUUAAAGGCCUCGCGGCCCUUUUGCGGAGGGAGUAUGGCAUGGAUCCUAUCGAUAACCCAAACAGUCAAGACCCGUUUAUUGAGGUCGCCAAGGAUAUACUAAGGCACCCUGCCUAUAUGUGUUAUGUCGAUGUCGAAAAACAGGAGCCCGUGUUUGGGCGGUUUGCAGAGUGGUUUGUCCAAAGCACUCUAGAACUGUACCGAACAGCACCACCGGAGGAAGAAGCAAGUUGGUGUCUCUUCAACUGCCACUCAGACCCCGAUUCUGCAGAUUGGGAUAACUCCUCAUACGCGCUGUAUGACGCAUCCGCGCUCAAUCAGCAGUUUAAACGGAGUUCUGACAACUCGGGCGCAGCAAAGUUCGUCUUCUACGAACUGAUGCGGGCGUUGCUCAUGCAUUCAGUUCUGAAAGACCAUCUCACACUACGCCGGGCGAGAUAUGACGAUGUCCCGUACGAAUUCAACCCUAACAAUGACGAGCCGCCGACGAAAUCGCGAUUCGGAAAGCCCGAGUUGCCCCCUAGGAAAGCGCGCAUAAUGGUCGUCGUGUCCCCCGAGAACUUCACGCCUUGUGAGGUGAUCACUAGCGAAAAGGUGUCCAAGCGGUUCAGGGUUGUGGAUGUCAACUGUGGCCGACGCGAAGGACCUCCUGACAUCGACGUGCUGAUGGGCAAGCUCGUGGAGUGUUCUUAUGGACGUGGGAUGUGGCCAAGAGAUAUGAACGCCACACUGGCCCGGUACGAUCCUCUCUUGACACCCUGGCACUUUAUGGUUGCGAGGGAAUUCGGCCUAUAUCUCAAAAAUGGAUCAGCGGAGAUUUCCCUUGGCCUCCCGCGGUGGGAGCCCUUAUAA